GGCUGGCGGCGGCCGCCGCGGACUGAGGCCCGAGCGGGAGGGGCCUGGCCGCGGGUACCUGCUCUACGCCAGGCCGGCGCCUGCGGCCUGCCCCGGGGCCCUCCCCUUCUCCCUCCCCCCUCACAGGCCCGCACCGGCCCACGGGAUGAAGGCGGCACUGGGGGGCGCCGAGGAAACGGAGAAGCUGAAUAAGAUGAGUUCUCUCUUGGAAAGACUUCAUGCAAAGUUUAACCAAAACAGACCUUGGACUGAAACAGUGAAGCUUGUCCGUCAAGUCAUGGAAAAACGAGUUGCGAUGAACUCUGGGGGCCAUCAACAUCUGGUGAGCUGUUUGGAGACUUUGCAGAAAGCAUUAAAAGUAUCAUCUCUGCCUGCCAUGACCGAUCGCUUGGAAUCUAUAGCUAGACAAAAUGGCCUUGGAUCUCACCUUAGUGCAAAUGGCACUGAAUGUUACAUCACUUCAGACAUGUUCUAUGUGGAAGUCCAGUUAGAUCCUACAGGGCUGCUGUGUGAUGUGAAGGUGGCGCACCAUGGAGAAAAUCCUGUGAGCUGUCCAGAACUGGUGCAACAGCUGAGAGAGAAAAACUUUGAUGAAUUCUCUAAGCAUCUAAAGGGGCUUGUGAACCUUUAUAAACUUCCUGGAGACAACAAACUUAAAACUAAAAUGUACUUGGCUCUUCAGUCUUUGGAGCUGGAUCUCUCAAAGAUGGCAGUGAUGUACUGGCAAGCCACCAACGCAAGUCUCCUCGACAAGAUUCUUCAUGGCAGUGUUGGGUAUCUAACCCCAAGAAGUGGAGGUCAUCUGAUGAAUCUCAAGUAUUACGUUUCACCCUAUGAUUUAUUUGAAGAACGCACUGGAGCCCCCAUUAUUUUGCAUGAGAACAACGUCCCUCGGUCUUUGGGCAUGAACGCAUCGAUAACAAUCGAAGGAACCUUGGCUAUGUACAAACUCCCAAUUGCACCAUUAAUUAUGGGAUCUCAUCCUGUUGACAACAAAGGGACUCCGUCCUUCUCAUCAGUCACCAGUGCCAACAGUGUUGACUUGCCAGCUUGCUUCUUCUUGAAGUUCUCACGACCUAUUCCAGUAUCCCGGGCUUUCAUUCAGAAACUGCAGAGCUGCACAGGAAUCCCAUUGUUUGACACCUCGCCAACGUUUGUCCCCCUGUAUGAGCUGAUCACGCAGUUUGAGUUAUCCAAGGAGACUGAUUCUGUACCUUUAAACCACAACAUGCGCUUCUAUGCAGCUCUUCCAGGACAGCAGCACUGCUAUUUCCUGAACAAGGAUGCUCCUCUUCCAGAUGGAAGAAGCCUGCAAGGAACUCUCAUUAGUAAAAUCACUUUCCAGCACCCUGGCCGGGUUCCUCUCAUCCUCAACUUGAUCAGGCAUCAAGUGGCCUACAACACACUGAUUGGCAGUUGUGUCAAGCGAACUGUUUUAAAAGAAGAUUCUCCUGGGAUCUUGCAAUUUGAAGUUUGCCCCCUCUCCGAUUCCUGUUUCAGUGUAUCCUUUCAGCAUCCUGUGAAUGAUUCCCUGGUGUGUGUGGUCAUGGAUGUGCAGGACUCCACACAUGUGAACUGUAAACUAUAUAAAGGGCUCUCUGAUGCUCUCAUCUGUACAGAUGACUUCAUUGCCAAAGUUGUUCAGAGGUGUAUGUCCAUUCCUGUGACGAUGAGAGCCAUUCGUAGAAAGGCAGAAACCAUUCAGGCGGAUACACCAGCCCUGUCCCUUAUUGCAGAGACAGUAGAAGACAUGGUGAAGAAAAACCUGCCCCCCGCCAGCAGCCCAGGGUAUGGCAUGACCACAGGCAACAACCCAAUGAGUGGUACCACUACACCAACAAACACUUUUCCUGGGGGGCCCAUCACUACCCUGUUUAACAUGAGCAUGAGCAUGAAAGAGAGGCAUGACUCGGUGGGCCAUGGGGAGGACUUCAGCAAAGUGUCUCAGAACCCUAUUCUCACUAGUUUGUUGCAGAUCACAGGGAAUGUGGGGUCUACCAUAGGCUCAAGUCCAACCCCUCCCCAUCACACGCCACCACCAGUAUCCUCACCAGCAAGCAACACCAAGAACCACCCGAUGCUCAUGAACCUCCUUAAAGACAAUCCUCCUCAGGACUUCUCCACCCUGUAUGGGAGCAGCCCUCUUGAAAGGCAGAACUCUUCUUCUGGCUCCCCCAGAAUGGAAAUGGGCCCUGGGGGGAACAAGCAAAAGAAAAAAAAAUCUCGCACACCAGCAGACAAGCCCAAGCAUCAAACUGAGGAUGAUUUUCAGAGAGAGCUGUUUUCAAUGGAUGUUGAUUCCCAGAACCCAAUUUUUGAUGUCAACAUGACCGCUGAUACUCUGGAUACCCCUCAUAUUACUCCAGCGCCCAGUCAGUGCAGCACUCCGCCUACUACGUACCCCCAGCCUAUACCUCACUCUCAGCCCAGUAUUCAGAGGAUGGUUCGACUUUCCAGUUCAGACAGCAUUGGCGCUGAUGUUACUGAUAUCCUUUCUGAUAUAGCAGAGGAAGCUGCGAAGCUCCCCAGCACUAGUGAGGACUGUCCACCCAUCGGAACACCUGUAAGGGACUCAUCUAGUUCAGGACAUUCACAAAGUGCCCUAUUUGACCCAGAUGUCUUUCAGACAAAUAGUGAGAACCCAUACACUGACCCAGCCGACCUUAUAGCAGAUGCUACUGUGAGCCCAAACAGUGACUCUUCAAACCAUUUUUUCCCAGACGGAGUAGAUUUCAAUCCUGACUUACUGAACAGUCAGAGUCAAAGUGGCUUUGGGGAGGAGUACUUCGAUGAGAGCAGUCAGAGUGGAGAUGCUGACGAUUUCAAGGGCUUUGCAUCCCAGGCUCUAAGUAGUUUGGGAGUGCAAGUGUUGGGGGGUGACGGGGGAGAAAAUAAAUUUAAAGGCAGCAAUCAGGCAGACAUGGUUGACUUUAGUAUUAUUGCAGCUGCGAGCAAAACCCUGGGGUCCUCUGACAUUAUGGAGCAUCAUAGUGGAAGCCAGAGCCCGUUACUAAGUACAGGGGAUUUGGGAAAGGAAAAGUCUCAGAAACGGGUAAAAGAUGGCAAUGGCUCUGGGAGUAGUUUAUCGGGUCCUGGGCUAGAUGGUAAGCCAGGAAAACGCAGCCGAACCCCGUCCAGUGAUGGUAAAAGUAAAGAAAAGCUUCCAAAGCGGAAGAAAGCGGACACAGAAGGGAAAUCUCCCUCUCAUAGUUCAUCAAACAGACCUUUCACCCCACCAGCAAGCUCUGGUGGGUCAAAAUCUCCUGGAAGUUCAGGCAGAUCUCAGACUCCUCCUGGUGUAGCCACUCCUCCUAUUCCCAAAAUCACAAUUCAGAUCCCCAAAGGGACAGUGACUGUUGGCAAACCUUCACACGGCCAGUAUACAAGCAGUGGCUCUGUCUCCUCAAGCAGCAAAAGCCAUCAUAGCCAUUCCUCCUCUUCUUCCUCCUCCUCUUCUGCCUCAGGCAAAGUAAAAAGCAGCAAAUCAGAAGGGUCUUCUGGCUCAAAGAUGAGCAGCAGCCUCUACCUGAGCCAAGGUGGCUCAGGUUCAGGUCAGUCAAAAAGCUCAGCUCAGUCUGUGGGAAAGCCUGGAUCCUCCCCUAUCACCAAACAUGGCCUCAGCAGCAGUUCUGGAGGUACCAAGAUGAAGCCUCAAGGGAAGCCUUCAUCACUUAUGAACCCUUCCAUGAGUAAACCAAACAUUUCUCCUUCACAUUCUAGACCAUCAGGGGGUUCUGACAAGCUUGCCUCUCCAAUGAAACCUGUUCCAGGUACUCCUCCAUCAUCUAAAGCAAAAUCGCCUAUCAGUUCAGGUUCUGGGGGCUCACACAUGUCUGGGACUGGAUCAGGGUCAAAUAUGAAGUCCUCUUCAGGAAUAGGAUCCUCCGGGUCCAUGUCCCAGAAACCACCUCCUUCAUCAAACUCUUCUACAGCAUCUUCAUCUUCCUUUUCAUCUGGUGGUUCUUCCAUGUCUUCAUCUCAGAACCAGCAUGGAAGCUCCAAGGGCAAAUCUCCAAGCAGAAACAAGAAGCCAUCCUUGAUUGCAGUCAUAGACAAACUUAAACAUGGGGUUGUUACUAGUGGGCCUGGAGGUGAAGACCCAAUGGAUGGACAGAUGGGGCCAAGUUCCAAUUCGUCAAGCCAUUCUUUGUCCUCCAAACACAACAUGUCUGGAGGCGAAUUUCAGGGGAAGCGGGAGAAAAGUGACAAAGACAAAUCCAAAGUCUCUGUUUCUGGAGGAUCUAUUGACUCUUCCAAGAAGACUUCAGAUUCCAAAAACAUUGGUAGUACUGGAGUGGCCAAGAUUAUCAUCAGCAAACACGAUGGUGGUUCCCCUAGCAUAAAAGCCAAAGUAACCUUGCAGAAACCUGGGGAAGGAGGUGGGGAUAGCUUAAGGCCUCAGAUGGCGUCUUCCAAAAGCUAUGGAUCCCCUCUGAUCAGUGGGUCUACUCCAAAGCAUGAACGCUGCUCACCCAGCCACAGUAAGUCACCAGCAUACACUCCUCAAAAUAUAGACAGUGAGAGCGAGUCUGGCUCCUCUAUAGCAGAGAAAUCCUAUCAGAACAGUCCCAGCUCUGAUGAUGGCAUUAGGCCACUACCGGAAUAUAGUUCAGAAAAACAUAAGAAGCACAAAAAAGAGAAGAAGAAAGUGAAAGACAAAGACCGUGAUAGAGAUAGGGAUCGUGACAAAGACAGAGACAAGAAGAAGUCUCAUAGCAUUAAACCAGAAAGUUGGUCUAAAUCACCUAUUUCUUCUGACCAGACUCUGUCCAUGACCAGCAGUGCUAUUCUAUCAGCUGACAGGCCAUCCCGGCCAAGUCCUGAUUUUUUAAUUGGGGAGGAAGACGAUGACCUCAUGGAUGUUGCUCUGAUUGGCAAUUAAUUUUCAAAAAAAAAUUUAAAAGAUCUCUAGGACCCCCCAGUGGGUUCUAGAGAUAGCAAGCAAAGAAUCAUUCAUUUCAGAAUACCACACUUACCUUGAGGGACAUGGUUUAAAAGGAAAACAGUAUUCCUGAGGAUCUCAAAAACCUGCACAGAAUACCUGCGAGUACCUCUCUUUCUGACGGGGAAUGGCAAACCAGUCUUCUGACUGUGGCCCCCAGUCGGCAGCCCAUUUACACACAUGCUGAAUUUUACAUGUAUUAAUAGUCCUGUAAAGUCAAUGGGCGUAGAGUUAAGCAUGUGGGUAAGUGUUUGGAGGAACAGACCCUAAAUUGGUGCAGAAACAUAAGUUGUUAUUGAAGAAUUAGAUUUUUCCCCCUCCCUCUCCUUUUCAUGAUAAGUUUUUAGUAAGUUUUGAGCUAAUAACUUUAGGGCAUAUUUUAAUGUUUGGGGCUUGUGGUUUUCUCUUUUUUUGAAGGGUGUCUGGAGAAAAGAGAAAUGCUUUGCAGGUUUCUUUUAUGGAGUUUCUUCAUCAUUUAGUGUCUGAUUCUUAGAGGUGCUGAGGACUUCA